AUGAUUACUCCGGUGAACCUGCAAGGCCACAACAGGGAAGAAUCAUCAGCCGUUCACCAGGAGGGGGUCACAGGAAAUCGCUCUAACGGUCAAGUCAGUGGUCCGUACGAGACAAUAGCUUCAGACUUGAAAGGUCGGGCGCGCGGAUUGGGUAAUCGUGCUCCUUGUUCUGUUAGAGCUAAAGAUUGGUUCAGUCAGUUACACCAUUGUGUCAUGGAUUUGAAUAUUCUGUCUUUCCUUAUUCUUUAUAAAGCUGCUCAGCCUUGUGUUACUCCUUCUGAUGUCGAAUUUAAGCUUCUCAAUGACGCUUAUGGAUUUUCCUCGACUGAUGAUGUAGAGGUUCCGACAGCUGACUCAAUGAUUCUCUCCCCUCCUGUCGACAAGGUUGGCAUCUACCUGAAGACUUUUGACGCUGGUUUGCGCCUUCCUCUCACUGACUUCCAAAACGAGCUUCUUCAGAAGAACGGUUGUGGUAUUCAAAUGCUUACCUCAAACGUUGUUAACAAGAUGGUGGCGUUCGAGAGUAUCUGGCGGGCCAAUGGUGUGCCUCCUACUUCCUUUGUGUAA